AGUAGCCUGUCGCUGGGCCAGCCUCUACGUGUCGUGGUUUGUUCCAUGUGACUUGUGCUGUCGCGAGUGUGUGCCAUGGGAGAUCUACGCAACGCCGUCGGCUGGAUUCUGGCCCUUCUCACCGUCAGGAUUACCCAGUCAGCUAUCAUUGCUAGAGACCGAGAACCGAUCUCGAACGCCAUCCCAAGGUUCCUAUCCAGAGGGCAGACCUACAGAGUAGUCAUUGGAGACACCCUAGUAUUGCCAUGUGAAGUGGAGGAUUUAGGUGAUUUUGUGCUUCUGUGGCGAAGAGGCAGUGCUGUGCUAACAGCUGACAAGAUAAUGGUGAUACGAGACCAAAGGUUCCAGCUGGUGGAUGGAUACAAUCUACAAAUCAGCAACGUGAUGCCACAAGACGCUGGUGACUACGUGUGUCAGAUAGGAGACGGUGACAACAGAGACCAGAUACACACAGUGGAGAUACUGGUACCACCCAGCAUCAGACCGUCGCCUUCCAACGGUCAACUCACUGCCAGAAAGGGAGGGACGAUCACAUUGGAGUGUAAACCUUCCGGCAACCCGGUACCUACCAUUAUAUGGACUAGGAAGGACAACUCGCUACCGACGGGUGAGAAGUCUGUGGAAGGUUUUACCAUCACUUUAGACAAGGUGGAUCGUCAUCAGGCAGGAGUGUACCAGUGUACGGCACAGAAUGGGGUUGGGGAUCCAGUCACUGUAGAUAUGCAACUGGACGUGUUGUACCCACCAGAGAUUGAAGUUGAGCGAAGUUGGGUUCACUCAGGAGAAGGAUACGAAGCUCAACUAGUCUGCAUAGUUCAUGGAGAGCCUGCCCCUAAUAUGAUCUGGUACCAAGACAGCUUCCUCCUGGACCCCACAGAACGUCGCACCAUGGAGACCCGCGCUAACCGUCACACACUCACCAUCAGGAACGUCCAGAGUUCAGACUUCGGCAACUACAGUUGUGUGGCGGAUAACUCUCUCGGCCGUGCCAAGAAGUACAUGGAGCUCUCAGGAAAGCCCAGUCCGGCCGAGUUCAGAUCAGCUCCAUUCUCCAGAGCCAAGGACAGCUACAAUCUAACAUGGAUGGUAGAAAGUUACCCUCCUCUAGAAGAGGUCAGAGUACUCUAUAGAAAAGUAAUGAUGAACGACACCCACUCCAACCACGGCAAGUGGCACGAUGUGAUGUUGACGCCCACUAACGGAGAGACGUUCUCACAUCUCAUGUCGUACAACAUCAGAGGCCUGGAGCCGGCCUCCGUGUACGAGGCCAUUGUACAGGCCAAGAACCGCUAUGGCUGGAGUGAAGUGGCCGACGCCUACCAGUUCUUCACCAGGGGCCCUGGUCAAGAGACUUACGAUUAUCCCUCAGAACCCAAUAUGGAGGACAUGGAGCUGAUAGCUUCAGCCAAUCACAGCUCGAGUAUUCAACUGUCGUCAUUGUUGGCUAGUCUUUUACUGAUGAUCGUCCUUUUAUAGGAUAUAGCGGAGGAAAGUGAACGUUGGUUUGAACCUGCGAGGAUGACUAAGAAAGACUAUUUUUAAUUACGAUAAGUGAAAUUUUGUGAUAGUUAAGUGUAUAAACUGUGUCUCCAGUCCUACCGACGCCAUUUUGGUUCACUUUUUUGAAAAGUUACCUUUUAUUAAUAUACUGUAUUUAUGCUUAAGUGUACAUAUUUGAUUUAUGUGUAAGUUUUGCCGGUUUAGUCACAUGACGGGUGAUUUCCGGAGAGUCAAGUUUAAAAUGCUCGUAGAUGUUAAUUUUAAUGUUUCGUAUACGUAUUUUUAGAUGUUUUCAUCUACGUUCUUCGCCAUUUAAUUUUUAGCUUCCAGUGCGUAGCGUGAACUAGAAUGGCAGUGUGAAGUGUAGUUUUGUACAUGAGACCAAAACUUUUAUUUUAUUAUCGUGCGACUUAAUAUGGCCAGAAAACCUGAUCAAAGUAUAGACCUUUGUUCUCCGUAUUUUUAUAUAUAAGAAAACUACAAAAUCAAAAUAGAAAAUACUAGACGGUUAGAUUCACAGAUUUUCUUGUGAAUUAUUGUACAACAAUUUCUUCGUACAAUUUAAGCGAGCUUUUAAAAGAAAUUUUUAUCAUUUAAUGACUGAACAUUUAUUACUUGUGCUUUUUUACGUUAAGAACUACUAAAUAAUUUAGGAUCUAAGAUGUUUUGUAUAUUUAGGCUUGUAUAUCUAACGUAGCUUGUAAACAUUCUGUCAAGUUUCAAAAGCUUUUUGUAAUUAUGUAUCUCAGGUUAUUAUUUAGUGUUUAGUUUUAGUUUUAAUUUAAGAACAAUUAUUUCCAAACAUUUUUUAUCGACUUCUUUGUGUGCUCAUUUUUUAUUUUUAUAUAAACUUAUUUGUGUGCUCAUGUUCAUUUUAUAGUUUUUCCUCGAAUUCCCAAUUUUCAUCCUAAGAAUAUGUAUAAAUGUCUGUUCACUCUUGUAUAUAAAUGUCCAAAGUCUGUAUUAUAAUUGAAUAAACUUUUUUUGUAUACAUA